AAAAAAAUACACAAUGCCGAAGGACAAAGAGCGCACCAUGAACCCUGCCGCGGCGCAGCGGAAACUAGAUAAGCAGAAGAGCCUCAAGAAGGGCAAGGCCGAAGCGUUGGCCCGCCGGAAUGAGAAACUAGCCCGUCGCAACCCGGAGCGCAUCCAGCGUCAGAUUGAUGAGAUCAAGUCGAUAGAGGCAUCGGGACAAAAGCUACGGCCACGUGAUCAACAGUUGCUCGAAGCCCUUCAACGAGAUCACCGCGCGGUGCUCAAGGCGCGAGAAGCCCUGGGAGAUAAGGCUCCCCAGUUCGCGAGCUUCGGGUCUAGAAGCGGCGGAGACCGCGAUGGUGACGAUGGAGGCGUUUUAGGAAAGCGCAGGAGGGAUGGUGGUGGCGGUGGCGGGGGGCGCUUCGGACGGCAUAAUCGGGACAGUGAGAGUAGCGACGAGACAGAUGAGGAGGUGCGAAGGAUACCCAUGCCUCGGGAUACACCCCCGCCGAUUCCGCGCCAGUUCCAGAGGAGACCAGGCGGCGACCAGGCCGAGGGUACACGAGGACCACAUGCUCUUCCUGCAAGACCUCCCGUUGUCGAAGCUAAGGCGGUCUAUGAGGCCAAGCCGCAGAUCCGAGACCUGCGACAGGAGGCCAUCAACAAAUUCAUCCCCGCUGCCGUCAGAGCCAAGCAGGAUUCUAUACGAGGGCAUGGUAAGCUCUUGGAGCCGGAAGAGAUGGACCGGCUCGAGCAAGCAGGUUACAAGGCAGAGAUGGGCCAAGCUGGGGUAGCAGAGGCAGCAGGGGCCGUAGGUCAACCAGAAAUGACAGACGACGACGCCCAGAGGCGAAUGUUAGAAGAGGAGGAAAGGAGGUUCAACCAGGAGCUUCGAUCAGUUCAGAUCGAAGAAGUUGAAGAUGAGGAGGCAUAGAUCCUAAUGAAUCAAAUUUAAUGAACGUCCAGGACAAUUAUUUCGGAGGGAGGGGGAGGGGAAGGGCAGAGGACCGUUGAUCAGUCAGCGCCUUAUGUACGUACCUAUAUUCCGCUCUCUCUCUCUCUCUCUCUCUCUCUUCCUUUAUCGAGAGACUCUGCUAGUUCUUAGGGUUUGCAGGUUGAAGGAUACUGGAACCGUAGAUCACAGAUUUAUUGAUCAUCCAAUCUAGCGCAGGACCAUGUGAAC